AUGAAGGCCUGCUUGCCAGCGGAGCGGCUUUUCCAGGGCGAGACGGACGGCUCCUCUUUUCCGAACGGAGGCCUGCGAGUGACCCACUCCGCAGCCGCUUUCACCACCUGGGACCGGUCCUCGCCUCCCUUCGUGAUGGACAAGUGCCUGUACAUCCCGUGCGCCUUCGUGACGCACUUCGGAAAGUGCAUCGAUGAGAAGACGCCGCUGCUGCGAUCCAUGGAUGCAGUGACCCUCCACGGCCUGCGCCUCUUGAAGAACAUUGGAAUCGGCACCGAUGCUAAGUGCAUGUUCAGCUACCUGGGAUGGGAGCAGGAGUUCUUCGUGCUGAGCGCCGCGCACUACAAGGCGCGCCCCGACUUGGUGAACACCGGCCGCACGCUCUUCGGCAAGCUGCCCACCCGUCAUCAGCAGGGAGACUUGAACUACUUCCAGGCGAUCCCCGGCAGCGUGCAGGAGCUGCUGGAUAACGUCCAGGCUGAGAUGCUUAAGAUCGGCUGCCCCAUGGCGGUGAAGCACAACGAGGUGGCACCCGGCCAGCACGAGAUGUCCCCGGUCUUCCGUACUGCCAACGUGUCCUGCGACAGCAACGUGUGCUUCAUGGAGGUCAUGAACCGAGAAGCCGCGAAGCUGGGUCUGCAGGUGCUCUUCCACGAGAAGCCCUUCGCCGGCAUCAACGGCAGCGGCAAGCACGCGAACUGGUCCAUUGGCACCGACACCGGCAUGAACUUCUUCUACCCAGGCAAGAACGAGGCUGGUGCCAAGCUCUACGUGACCGCCAUUGCUUGCCUGUCCUACGGGCUUGCGCAGUACCUUGGUCAGGGCUUCGAGGCUUUCGUUGAGAGCAUUUGCUCUGGUGGCGACCUGCUCGGAUACAAGGCUGAGAAGAAGAAGCAGAACAAGCACGUCAUCUUCACCGGAAACGGCUACUCGGCGGAAUGGCCUGUCGAGGCAAGCAAGCGAGGACUGCCGAAUCUGAACACCACGCCCAAGGCCAUUGCCACCUGGGCUUCCGAGAAGAACACCAAGCUCCUCGAGACCCUGAAGAUCUACACCAAGGAGGAGACAGAGGCACGCCAGGAAGUGAUGUACGAGAACUACAUCUCCUGCAUGUGCUGCGAGGUCGAGACGAUGAUCCAGAUGGUGGAGACCGGCUACCUGCCGGCCUGUGCCAAGGACCUGGAGAAGUUCAAGGGCUUCGACAAGCUCGCCGGCAGCCGCAAGACAAUCUACGACAGCAUCGUCGACGAGUUGGAGAAGUUGAAGUCUGUCAUCGCAGCCAAGCCCCACAGCUCUUUGGCAGAGGAGGCCACUUACUUGUGCGACACCGUGAAGCCGCAGAUGGUGGCACUCCGUGCCAAGGUGGACAAGGCAGAGAGCGUCAUGGAGUCGUCUCUCUACCCUUACCCCACCUACGAGGCCAUGAUCUACUCCCACCACUUCUGA